CUUUCGUACGCCAAAUGGGUGUUGAGGUCACAAUUACGUUGCCAGGACACUACUUGAAUUUCAGUGAAAUUCCUCAACACUUUAAAGACCAAAUUGUACAAAAAAUGAAGUAUUUGUACGAUAUUGAUGGCCAUCCUGAGCCUGAAAAAGUCAUGAGUACUCUUUAUCAUGAGAUGAAGAGAAGAUAUUCUGAGAGAAAGAAUAUCAGGCACACGUGGUUUAAGGAACAUUAUUCCGGGGAUCCAGAUGAUUUGGCAAGUGUAAUUGAAGCAGUACCUGAUCACUGCACUACCGAGAGUUGGAAGCAAAUCAUUGACUUAUUUUUGAGCCCAAAAUUCAGGGCGCGUUCAAAUCAAAACAAGAAAAAUAGAGCAGACAUGCAGUAUUUGUCAACGCAAGGCUCGAGGUCGAUGGCAGCGUCUCGAAAUGAACAUGUAAGUAAAAUUAUCAACUUUCUAUUAGAAAUUUCUUUUACUAAGCAUAAACUAACUCUAUUUUUAAACAGGACGUCCCCGAAGACUACGCAAUUGAUACUUGGAAGAAAGGCCACAUCAGAAAAGGAACAGAAAACACUUGGAUCAGCGAGACAUGCAAAGAACUACAUGUAAGUUUAAAUAUGUUUUUUAAUAAUUUUCUUCCAACUAAUGCAUGUUGUUGUUAUUGUAUUUCUAAUAUUUUAUCUGGUCAGGAGAAAAUGCUUGAAGAGGCUGCUAGCAUGACAGAUACAGAAGAUGAUUCCAGCGAUGCGUCUGCUAGCAAAUACAAGCAAUUGAAAGCUAUGAAUAAAGUUCUUGGGAGCCGGUCGGACUAUAUAAGAGGAUUGGGUUAUAAAUUGAAAGGCAGCUCGACAUCAAGUUCUAGUACUCAAAGUCAAGCGCAAUCACAAGUACCGACUUCAUCCAUUACUCCGGAAGAUAUGGGAGUCUUCGCCGAGUUUAUGUUAAAAAUGCGUGAUAAGAUUGAUCAGUCUGGCACCUCCAGUGACGCGUCUCUGCAUGACCCGAGGUUUAAUAAUUUCUUACAAAAAUUUUUACCAUCACAACCGCAAGGUAGCGCGUCCAGUUCAGCCCCCCCUCCAACGUCAAUGCCACAACAACAACAACAACAACAACAACAACCACGAUCGCCUCAGCAGCCCCAGUUUUUUCAACAACAACAACAACAUUCUCCCAACAUGUCUGCUGGCUCUUCACAAUCGCCUCAGUUGCAUUACAUGUUCGGGCUUCCCUCACAGUCUCCUCCUAUAUUCUUUUCGGAAGCGGCUGGAGGAUCUCAGACACAACCUAUGGUUGGUAAUAUUGGAGGCUCAUCCCAACAACCAUACCCUGUGUACGGUCAAUUUGGGUCAUUGUUGCAGCAACAACCAGUGUAUGGUCAAAUGGGAGGAUCUCCACAACAGCCUAUGUAUGGAGGCUUUUUCAGUGCUCAGAGUCAGCAACAACAGCAACAACCAAUUUUGGUUCGCCCGCACCCUCGACCAUAUGUGGAGAUCUUUCCUACGCCGCAGACUGGACAACCUUAUUACCCUGCCCCGCCGGCUCAAUCCCGUGAAAAUAUUGAUGGUUCAAGACUUAGUGCAAAUGCAGAUGAAUUUUUAGAGUUUACUGAUUUGAACAAUGAUAGUUAGGUUUUUUUUAAUUAUGUGUUAUGUUUUAAGGUUUAUUUAAAGACAAUUUCUAAUUUUAUUUAAGCUAAUAUAUUUUUUAUUGUAAUGGACAAAUUAAUUUUAAUACUUAAUUUCUUAA